AGGUUUGUGCUGGCCGUGGGCAGCGCCGUCUUCGAUGCCAUGUUCAAUGGUGGGAUGGCCACAACUUCCACGGAGAUCGAGCUGCCCGACGUGGAGCCUGCUGCCUUCCUGGCUCUGCUGAAGUUUCUUUAUUCAGAUGAAGUUCAGAUCGGACCAGAAACUGUUAUGACAACCCUUUACACAGCUAAAAAGUACGCAGUCCCAGCCCUGGAAGCUCACUGUGUGGAGUUCCUGAAGAAGAACCUCCGGGCAGACAACGCCUUCAUGCUGCUAACACAGGCGAGGCUGUUUGAUGAGCCUCAGCUGGCCAGCCUGUGCCUGGAGAACAUAGACAAGAACACAUCAGAUGCCAUCAACGCCGAGGGCUUCACUGACAUCGACCUUGACACGCUGGUGGCAGUGCUGGAGCGGGACACGCUGGGCAUCCGUGAGGUUCGUUUGUUCGGAGCCGUGGUUCGCUGGUCGGAGGCUGAGUGUCAGAGGCAGCAGCUGCAGGUGGUGCCUGAGAACAAGAGGAAGGUGCUGGGCAAAGCACUGGCACUCAUCCGCUUCCCACUGAUGACGAUUGAGGAGUUUGCAGCAGGGCCGGCCCAGUCGGGGAUCCUGACGGACCGUGAGGUGGUCAGCCUGUUCCUGCACUUCACCGUGAACCCCAAACCGCGCGUGGAGUUCAUCGACCGGCCGCGCUGCUGCCUGCGGGGGAAGGAGUGCAGCAUCAGCCGAUUCCAGCAGGUGGAGAGCCGCUGGGGGUACAGUGGGACUAGUGACAGGAUAAGGUUCUCAGUGAACAAACGGAUCUUCGUCGUUGGCUUUGGGUUGUACGGCUCCAUACACGGCCCCACAGACUACCAGGUGAACAUACAGAUCAUCCACACGGACAGUAACACGGUGCUGGGGCAGAACGACACGGGCUUCAGCUGCGACGGCUCCUCCAACACGUUCCGUGUGAUGUUCAAGGAGCCCGUGGAGGUUCUGCCCAACGUCAACUACACGGCGUGUGCUACUCUGAAGGGCCCCGAUUCUCACUACGGCACCAAAGGGCUGCGCAAGGUGAUCCACGAAUCGCCCACCAGCGGCGCCAAGACCUGCUUCACCUUCUGCUACGCGGCCGGGAACAACAACGGCACUUCGGUGGAGGACGGACAGAUCCCAGAGAUCAUCUUCUACACAUAGUGCCGCCCGCCUUCGCCUCGGAGCC